CUCCCGCUCCAUCCGGGUCGCUGACGGCUGGCGCUGGACUGGACAGCAGUGGCGGCUGCUCUUCUCUGAGGAACCCGGUAAAGUUUCACAGGAGCCGAGGAGGGGAGCAGCGGAGCAGCUUCACCGACGCCGGAGGAGCUCUGGUGUUCGCCGCCGCUGGCUGAAGGAGGAGGGUCCGGGAGCUGGAGACCUGCCUCAGCUGCCGCGCUGCCUCGCUCUUGGGGGAGGCGCCCCCCCACCAGCCGCCCUGGGCUUCCUGUGCCUUGAGGGGCCGGACAUAGGGAUACCUCCAACUUGCCAGUGUUUCAGAAGGGAGUUUUUUAUUGAAACUGGAAGACCAAAAGAAUUACAAACAUGUUGUGCUGGGGAAAUGCAUCUUUUGGACAGCUAGGUUUGGGUGGAAUUGAUGAAGAAAUUGUACUAGAGCCCAGAAAAAGUGACUUUUUUAUAAAUAAAAAGGUUCGAGAUGUAGGAUGUGGACUCAGACAUACUGUAUUUGUUCUGGAUGAUGGAACAGUGUACACAUGUGGAUGUAAUGAUCUAGGGCAGCUAGGUCAUGAAAAAUCCAGAAAGAAACCAGAGCAGGUUGUUGCCCUGGAUGCCCAAAAUAUCGUAGCUGUUUCAUGUGGAGAAGCCCAUACAUUAGCACUAAAUGACAAGGGCCAGGUGUAUGCUUGGGGUCUCGAUUCUGAUGGACAACUUGGCCUGCUAGGAUCAGAGGAAUGUAUCAGAGUACCCAGCUGCCUCCCGAAAAUCAUGGGUAUCGACACUCUGGUCAGAACUUGCUCCGGACUCUCAUAUGGCAGAAUCAGGUCAGGUGGCAGUAUCAGAAAUAUUAAAAGUUUGUCGGAUAUCCAGAUAGUACAGGUUGCAUGCGGUUACUAUCAUUCACUUGCACUUUCUAAAGCAAGUGAAGUCUUCUGUUGGGGACAGAAUAAAUAUGGCCAAUUGGGUUUAGGCAUUGACUGUAAAAAACAAGCUUCACCACAGCUGAUUAAGUCUUUACUUGGAAUCCCUUUCAUGCAAGUUGCAGCAGGAGGAGCCCAUAGUUUUGUACUCACCCUUUCUGGAGCUAUCUUUGGAUGGGGACGCAACAAAUUUGGUCAACUAGGUCUUAAUGAUGAAAAUGAUAGGUAUGUUCCUAAUUUACUUAAGUCACUAAGAACUCAGAAAAUAGUUUAUAUUUGUUGUGGAGAAGAUCAUACUGCUGCACUAACCAAGGAAGGUGGAGUGUUUACUUUUGGAGCUGGAGGGUAUGGUCAGUUGGGUCAUAACUCUACCAGUCAUGAAAUAAACCCAAGGAAAGUUUUUGAACUUAUGGGAAGCAUUGUCACUCAGAUUGCUUGUGGAAGGCAGCACACGUCUGCUUUUGUUCCUUCAUCAGGACGAAUUUAUUCUUUUGGACUUGGUGGUAAUGGACAGCUUGGAACUGGUUCAACAAGCAACAGAAAAAGUCCUUUCACUGUGAAAGGAAAUUGGUUCCCUUAUAAUGGGCAAUGUCCACCAGAUUUUGAUUCUGAAGAAUAUUUCUGUGUAAAAAGAAUUUUCUCAGGUGGAGAUCAAAGCUUUUCACAUUACUCUAAUCCCCAGAACUGUGGGCCACCAGAUGACUUUAGAUAUCCUGAUCCUUCAAAGCAGAUCUGGACUGUGAAUGAAGCUCUAAUUCAAAAAUGGCUGAGCUACCCCUCUGGAAGAUUUCCUGUGGAGAUAGCCAAUGAAAUAGAUGGAACAUUUUCUUCAUCUGGUUGUCUAAAUGGAAGUUUUUUAGCUGUUAGCAAUGAUGAUCAUUAUAGAACAGGCACCAGAUUUUCAGGGGUUGAUAUGAAUGCUGCUAGGCUUUUAUUCCACAAACUUAUACAACCUGAUCAUCCUCAGAUAUCUCAGCAGGUGGCAGCUAGCUUGGAAAAGAAUCUUAUUCCUAAACUGACUAGCUCCUUACCUGAUGUUGAAGCGCUGAGAUUUUAUCUUACUCUACCAGAAUGUCCCCUGAUGAGUGAUUCCAACAAUUUCACCACAAUAGCAAUUCCCUUUGGUACAGCUCUUGUGAACCUAGAAAAGGCACCACUGAAAGUACUUGAAAACUGGUGGUCAGUACUUGAACCUCCACUAUUCCUCAAGAUUGUAGAACUUUUUAAGGAGGUUGUGGUACAUCUUUUGAAACUCUACAAGAUCGGCAUUCCCCCUUCUGAAAGAAGAAUUUUCAACAGUUUUCUUCAUACCGCAUUAAAGGUUUUAGAAAUAUUGCAUAGGGUAAAUGAGAAAACUGGACAGAUUAUACAAUAUGAUAAAUUUUAUAUACACGAAGUACAGGAAUUGAUAGAUAUACGGAAUGAUUAUAUCAACUGGGUCCAACAGCAGGCCUACGGAAUGGAUGUCAACCAUGGAUUAACUGAGUUGGCAGAUAUUCCUGUUACAAUCUGCACAUAUCCAUUUGUAUUUGAUGCCCAAGCAAAAACUACUCUGUUACAAACAGAUGCAGUCUUACAGAUGCAGAUGGCUAUUGACCAGGCCCACAGACAGAAUGUCUCCUCUCUUUUUCUCCCAGUGAUUGAGUCUGUGAAUCCUUGUUUAAUUCUAGUGGUACGUAGAGAAAAUAUUGUAGGAGAUGCAAUGGAAGUCCUUAGGAAAACAAAGAAUAUAGACUACAAAAAGCCACUCAGGGUUAUAUUUGUUGGAGAAGAUGCUGUUGAUGCAGGAGGUGUACGCAAAGAAUUUUUCUUGCUCAUCAUGAGGGAAUUAUUGGAUCCUAAAUAUGGCAUGUUUAGGUAUUAUGAAGAUUCCAGGCUCAUUUGGUUUUCUGAUAAGACAUUUGAAGACAGUGAUUUGUUCCACUUGAUUGGUGUUAUCUGUGGAUUAGCAAUUUAUAAUUUUACUAUUGUGGACCUCCAUUUUCCUUUGGCUUUAUAUAAGAAACUGCUAAAAAAGAAGCCAUCCCUGGAUGAUUUGAAAGAACUAGUGCCUGAUGUUGGGAGAAGCAUGCAACAAUUGCUGGAUUAUCCAGAAGAUGAUGUUGAGGAAACAUUUUGUCUUAAUUUUACGAUCACAGUUGAAAACUUUGGUGCAACAGAAGUGAAAGAACUGGUUCUAAAUGGUGCAGACACAGCUGUUAACAAACAAAAUCGGCAGGAGUUUGUUGAUGCUUAUGUGGAUUACAUAUUCAAUAAAUCAGUGGCUUCCUUAUUUGAUGCUUUUCAUGCGGGCUUUCAUAAGGUCUGUGGAGGCAAAGUGCUUCAGCUCUUCCAGCCUAAUGAACUACAAGCAAUGGUUAUUGGAAAUACAAAUUAUGAUUGGAAGGAACUGGAAAAGAAUACAGAAUACAAAGGAGAAUAUUGGGCAGAACAUCCUACAAUAAAAAUGUUUUGGGAAGUAUUUCACGAAUUACCAUUGGAAAAGAAGAAACAAUUUUUGUUAUUUUUGACAGGUAGUGAUCGCAUUCCUAUUCUUGGUAUGAAGAGUCUAAUACUAGUCAUCCAGUCAACAGGAGGUGGUGAGGAAUAUCUCCCAGUUUCCCAUACCUGUUUUAAUCUCCUGGAUCUUCCAAAAUAUACAGACAAAGAAACUCUACGCUCUAAACUGAUCCAAGCUAUUGAUCACAAUGAAGGCUUCAGUUUAAUAUAACUUUGGAGUUAUAACUGUUCAGUUUACUGCAAAAGCAUUAAACUAAUUAUUUGUGUUUUUCUCGUGGUGAUGAACUCAGCAAGGUGACAGAGGUACUAUUAUAAUUCUUGCAAAAUGUUCAAUGCGAUGAGUAUUCAUGAAAGCCAAAAAAUAUUAAAGGAAAUGAACAAACUGUGUUAAUAUUAAACUUACUGUAUAGAACCAUGGAUUUUUUUUUCUUUUGCCAUCUUCCAAUAAACAUAAGUAUUGUGAAUACAUUGAAGUUUUACUAACAUGAAUUUUAAGAGUUUGCAUAUUUCACAAGUGAUCUGGUGUGUGAGUGCAUGAAAUGUUGCUUAAUUUUUCUUCAAUCACGGGUGAAAAACCUUUAACUUUGGCCUGCAAUAGUCAUUUGAUUAUUUUUUCAUUUUGUAAAUAAUGUUAAGUUUUGUAAUAAAAUAGUUAUGUUCUGAUACCAGUACAGUUUCUAUGGUUGUAAUUGAACUGAGCUGACUUUUAAUGGUUAAAAAUUAUGAUUUAAAUCUUAUUUUGAGAAUCUAUGAAAGCAGAAGAUUAGUAUGGUUAAAGUACGGUCUUUGCUUUUUUGCUAGAAAUAUCCUUGUGCAAAUCUAAAUUACAAGGAGGAGUUAUCUAAAUAACUUAUAGUUCUUUCCUUUUGUGAAUUUUGAGAUACUAUUGAUAAAUGGGAGGUUAUCAGAAAGCUUAAUAUUUAGUAAUGGAAGAACUGUGUCCUACAGUUGCCAGGAAUACAAUCAUUGACUACUAUGAGAACCAAUCACUGGGUUAUAGCUUUAAAAACUACUGAUGCUGCACGUUGCUAUUUAAACAGAAUUCUCAGUGCUUUAGAACUAUUUACUUGAAUUUUAAGAAAAAAAUUUUAACAGUUUUAUGGUGCUGAUGCUUACUUAUCUCCUGUCAUUAAAUUAACAGUGAGUGAUGCAACACAUGUGACUUUCUGCUAUAUGAAAAUAUUUAUUUUUACAUUUAUUUUUAAAAUGACAUGAAAACUUUAAAUAAUAAAGAUUUGUUAGUUUAAUAUUUAAACUUUCAUUGGUUCUCAUAUAAGGUUCAAAAAGAAUAAUUAAUGUCUCAGGGAAGGUCUCUUAAAUUUUGGAUUGAUAGUUCCCAUUCCCAUACAAAUUUGUCUAUUUAUUAUAGGUAUCCAAGUCUCUUAUCUGUAAUUCUAAAAUCCAAAACAAUUCUGAAAAAAAGAAACUGUACAUAAUUUGGCAGCAAAAUCUGAUCUGAAUUGUUGAGGUUAUUUAUGAUAUUAAAUGGGACUAUUUGUACAUUGUACAGUGACAGUGUUAAUGUGUUUGAUUACUUUCUGUGUUUGAUCUAGGUGCUGCCUCAGACCUCCAUGGAGUGCUACAUUAUGUGUGCUUUAAACAUUCGUAAUUCCAAAAGGCAAAGAGUUUCAGAGAAGGGAUUGUGGACCUGUACUUUUCCGUAGUUUAACUUAACAAACUUUGGUAGACCAUAAAUGUCUUUUUAUAGAUAGAAGCCUUAAUAAUUUUUCUCAAAAUACGUUUUUCCCAAUGAAAAUUCCUCCAUGUAGCUGAUAUUAUACUGUCUCCCUGCACAUCCAUUCCUUGGGGAUAUUGAUUGUUCACAUCGAAAACAGAUGUUUGUCAGAUGCUUUUUUUU